CCGCUGCACGGGACGGCGGCGCACGGUUGCGAGGCUCCCGAGGGCUCAGCUUGGACCGCAAUGGAGCCGGGCUGCAGCCUCCUAACGGGGCUUGUGUCUGGGGCAGAGGCCGGGAGGACGCUCUCCCCACCGCCCGUGGCUCAGAGCACCCCUACACGCCCCCUGCCGCGCGAGGUCGGCUGGCGUCCUCGGCGGGGGCCCGGCGCCCGCCAUGAACGGCCUGUCGGUGAGUGAACUGUGCUGCCUCUUCUGCUGCCCGCCCUGCCCCGGCCGUAUCGCCGCCAAGCUCGCCUUCCUGCCGCCGGAGCCCACCUACUCGCUGGUGCCUGAGCCGGAGCCGGGGGCUGGUGCCGCCCCCUUGGGCACUUUGCGGGCCUUGGCCAGCCCCCCGGGACGCUGGAAGCUGCACCUGACGGAGCGGGCUGACUUCCAGUACAGCCAGCGGGAGCUCGACGCCAUCGAGGUCUUCCUGACCAAGAGCGCCCGCGGCAGCCGUGUCACCUGCAUGUAUGUGCGUUGUGUGCCUGGUGCCAGGUACACAGUCCUCUUCUCGCACGGCAACGCCGUGGACCUGGGCCAGAUGAGCAGCUUCUACGUCGGCCUGGGCUCGCGCAUCGGCUGCAACGUCUUCUCUUAUGAUUACUCCGGCUACGGUGCCAGCUCGGGCAGGCCCUCCGAGAGGAACCUCUACGCUGACGUGGAUGCCGCCUGGCAGGCCCUGCGCACCAGGUAUGGCAUCAGCCCGGACAGCAUCAUCCUGUACGGGCAGAGCAUCGGCACGGUGCCCACCGUGGACCUGGCCUCGCGCUACGAGUGCGCCGCUGUCGUGCUGCACUCCCCGCUCACCUCGGGCAUGCGCGUCGCCUUCCCGGACACCAAGAAGACCUACUGCUUCGACGCCUUCCCCAACAUCGAGAAGGUGUCCAAGAUCACGUCGCCCGUCCUCAUCAUCCACGGCACAGAGGACGAGGUGAUCGACUUCUCGCACGGGCUGGCGCUCUACGAGCGCUGCCCCAAGGCCGUGGAGCCGCUGUGGGUGGAGGGCGCCGGGCACAACGAUAUCGAGCUCUACAGCCAGUACCUGGAGCGUCUGCGCCGCUUCAUCACCCAGGAGCUGCCCAGCCAGCGCGCCUAGCCCAGUGGCCGCGCCCUGAGCCGGCCUGGACCUCAGCAAUAAGGACCUCGUCCCUCCCGCCCCGCCGGGGGCUGCAUGAGAACCUCUGGCCUCCCGCGCGGCGCGGGCCGGGACAACCCCGCCUCGCCCCAGGGGCCGCGGACCAUGUACAGGCUACGGAGCCAUGCUCUUUUCCUUCUGGAAGCAAAAAAAAAAAAACCUGAAAAAAUUAAAGAUUUAAAAUU